CGUCAACCUGGCAUCUUUAGCUUGAAUUCCAUCAGUCGACAAAACCACGACACAACACCUCUCCAUUAUAUCAACUUGGAUAUCGUCUAAAAUACGCAAUGUGAUAUCUUUACGCUUAUUUCGUUCCGACAAUCGAUAACUCGCGAUGGAAACGGAAUCCAAACCGUCCGAUAUGGGGACUCCCUUGUCUUCCACAUUAUCCAGCCUCAGUGACAGCGACAGUGACGCUGAAGUUUCGAAGACUGCUGGCCCCAAUACCGACACCAAUAGCCAGAAAAACAACGAAGACACAGUAGAAUGGCUUGCUACAACUCGAAAGCGCCGUUCGACCGCCGGCAAUCGAAUGAAGUCGAUGCUCGCCAACGAGGAACCCGAUUCAGAUCUCGAACUGCUUUUCGCCGAAGAUGAGAACGACCAGGGUUUCUCCGAUGCUGAAGAGAACGGUUCGGAUGUCCAGAUGGACUCUUCAGACGAUGAAGACGAGAACGACAAUAAUGAUGAUGACCUCGAGGGCGAGAAGGAAUUGGAAAAGCAGGCCAAGGAACGUCGCGCUGCUCAGCGCAAGCGAAAGGCGCAAGAAGCCAUCCCUGCCAAAUUCCGCAAGAAAGUCCGUAUCGACCCUACGACGAGAACGCCUGCACCUGCGAAGCCUGCGCCACGACCUAAGAAGAAAUCUGAGCGCACUUCAUGGCUGCCGUCUGCCGCGGACCUACCGACACGAGCCUCUUCCCGCCAAACGACUCGACUCUCCAAGGAGCAAUUACAUCAACAAAUGGUGGAGCGAGAGGCGCGCCGGAUAAAACAGUUGGCUCAAAUGCAGAAGAAAGCUGCCAAGUUGGAGGCGAUGAAGAAACCACCCAUGACUCAGGAGGAGCGAUUACGAGAGGCAGCCAUUGUUGAGAAGCGCAAUAGCAAGAGUUUGAAUCGCUGGGAGGAGGCUGAGAAACAGCGUGAGGAAGAACGUCGAGCGAAAUUGGCGGCACUUCAUAACAGAACGUUGAAGGGGCCUGUUAUUACAUUUUGGAGUGGCAUUGGUGAAUGGAUGGGAAGGCAUAUGGUGAUUGAGGAGCCUGCCAAGGAGAAGAGGAAGAGAGGCGAGAAGGCAAAGGGUAAGGAUAAAGACAAGGAGAAAGCUGGUCCAACGGAGGACAAGAAGGAGGACGGUCAAAAUGGCACGCCAGCUGCCAAUGGCGAGAUUGCCAACACCAAAGAGGGAUCGCAACCUUCACAGGACAAACCACCAAGCAUAGCGUCAGCAGAGCCUUUAGCAGCCUCCGAUUCUAAAGACACGAACCCCGCUACUCCUACUAAACCUGUUGAAGAUAUCACGAAACCCACAGAUGCACCUUCAACUUCAGAGACUAGCGAUGCUCCUCCAGCGGUUCCCAAGACUGAAGACAUCCCUUCUCCGAUGACUAUGCCACCACCACCUCAACCGCCGCCUACACCUCCAAGCAGUUUGGCUGCUCCAGCUCCUCCAACAUCGACCUUCGUGCCAGCUCCAAGCCCUCCUCGAGCUCAGGAUCCUCCACCAAGUGGCCUCGCUGCACCACCCCCGCCUCCACCUACGCCCGCUGGGUCAGCAUCAACGACAAAUUCCUUCGUGGCUCCUCCGUCAGGACUAUCUCGUCCACCAGAUUCUAAACCAUCUGGCGUUCUAGCAGCGCCUAUACUUGCUCCUCCUCCAGGUAUUGGUAUCAGCGGAAAUGCACCCCCUAUGAUGGGCUACGGCAAUCCCAAAUCCAAUGUCCUGGCACCACCAAAUACGUCUCAAGGGGCCAUGCCUCCUACACUCGCUGCAACUGCUCCUCUUCAUAACACUCCGUCAACUAUCUCACCCCCUCCAUCAAAACCUUCAACAGGAGUUACACCCAUAUCUUCUACAACAAAUAUUCAACCCAAAACUAUCACGCCCGCUCUCCCUACCAAAUCUACCAGUCCCGACACUCCCGCUGUAACCCAAGCCCCCGACUCUCAAACUCAACCUCCUCAGCCUUCAACCGGAGCCCGCAAUGCCAUAGUCUUCCAAAACUUUGACGACAACGCCCUCAAGGAUCGUAGCAUUCAGACGCAGAUCAUCUUUGGCCGCAAGAUGAAUAAGCUUUCCAAACCUUCUCCUGCGCCUCUCUGCGUAAUCACAAAUCAUCCCGCUCGGUAUCGGGAUCCGCGUACCGGUCUUCCUUAUUACAAUGCCUAUGCGUAUCGGGAGAUCCAACGCCUUACCCGAGGCGAGUACCGAUGGAGCCAUAUCCUUGGUGCUUGGGUCGGUAGCGGAACAUAUGCUGCACGAGGCGUCCCCGAACGCUUCCUGAACCCUGACAAGAAGGGGCCUGAGAAGAAAUCUACACCUGACGAGGGCAUUAAGGGCAAAGAUGCUGUCCAGGCCCCGGAUCAAGCCCAGGACCCCCAAACAAAUACCCCUGAUGUUCCGUCGGGUAUCCCGACUACUGGGCACAAGAUGACUGGGGUUGGGCAAGGGGCUUCCGCACCACCAAACUCUGAGCCUAAUCAGACGAUACAACCCAAGAUUGCGCCACCGGCAGUCACUCAGCCUACGAAGACUACGAAUACAACGGCCGCAACACCAAUAGCGCCAAAUACUACUCCUGCUUCUGAGCCAAAAGCUCAAGCUCCAACAAACCCUCAAUCAACUACCACAGGAAAUCCCCCAGCACCACUUCAGACAGCUCCAUAGUAUUCGAGACGAAUUGCAUAGAUCACUGUAUAUAGUACUUCUACUGGAUAGAUACAGGGCUGUUGAAUCACAGGAAUUGGCAUGAUAACACGACAGCAACUACAAUAUGUACCACUAUGUAUGAACACAACAUUUUGACAGCACAAAAGCACAGCUGAGAUUAUUCAUCGUUUGAC